CUCUGUCUCCUCCUGUAGCCUCAUUUGUUUGGCAACAACAACACACCGCUUUGUGUAAGCUCCGCAGCGCUUCAACGAAUACGGAUUUGAUUUCGACAAAAACGAACACGGGGCUUUUUAACUGGGCUCAGACGGAACAGCGAUCCCUUUCUCUGUUUGAUGCCACACGGAGGCUGAGAAUAUGGAGGUCGGUUCCCGCUGCUGUCCCCUGAUCCUCGGGCUGGUCGUGGCUUCGGUGCUGGGACUGGGUGAAGACCUGGACCGGCCUCUGUUCGGGCCUCCCGGCUCUGCUGUCCGGCUGCACGAGUCGGACCCUGGGUUAAGGAAGGCGCUGCUCUUCGUAGAGGAGCGAUACAACCGUGGCUCUAACGCCGUGCACCUCCGCAAAGUCAGCCGCUUCGUCUCUGCCACCAAACAGCUGGUUAAGGGAAUUCGUUACACUUUAACUGUGGAACUGAGCAACACCCAGUGCAAGAAAGUCACCAUGCUGAGGACGUGUGGCUUCUAUCCCGAGUCUCAUAAACUCCAGACUGAGGUGUGUGUGUUUGAAGUGUGGGACAUUCCCUGGCAGAACACGACGACCCUCGUCAAACAGAAGUGCCAACCUAAAGCUGAUCCUGAAGGUGAAGGGACCAACAAGGUGGAGUCUUGGUCUGGCUCCCAGCCUCUGGAGGAGUCACUGGAGCUCCUGGACCAGUUCAAACAGUUCAUGGUGAAAUACGAUAAGAUGUACAGCGGUCAGGAAGAGGCCAGUCGUCGUUUAAGGAUUUUCCACGAGAACUUAAAGACGGCACAGAAGCUCCAGGAUUUGGAUCAGGGUUCAGCAGAGUACGGAGUCACCAAGUUCAGUGACCUGACUGAAGAGGAGUUUCGCUCCAAGUACCUAAACCCGCUCCUGAGUCAGUGGAGCCUCCAUCGACCACUGAAACCAGCUCCUCCUGCCAAAGGCCCUGCCCCUGACCGCUGGGACUGGAGGGAUCAUGGAGCUGUCAGUUCAGUGAAGAAUCAGGGUAUGUGUGGAUCCUGUUGGGCAUUUUCUGUCACAGGAAACAUUGAGGGCCAGUGGUUCUUGAAGAAUGGAGCUCUGCUGUCUCUCUCUGAACAAGAACUGGUUGACUGUGAUGGACUGGACCAGGCGUGCAGAGGCGGGCUGCCAUCAAAUGCUUACCAAGCUAUUGAGAAACUGGGUGGUUUGGAGACAGAAACAGACUAUUCCUACACCGGACACAAGCAGAAGUGUGAUUUCACUGACAAGAAGGUGGCCGUCUACAUCAAUAGCUCCGUGGAGCUGUCCAAGGAUGAGAAGGAAAUUGCAGCUUGGUUGGCAGAGAACGGACCAGUCUCUGUUGCUCUGAACGCCUUUGCAAUGCAGUUCUACAAAAAGGGCGUGAGUCAUCCAUGGAAGAUCUUCUGCAACCCCUGGAUGAUUGACCACGCUGUGCUGCUGGUGGGCUACGGUGAACGAAACGGUGUCCCGUUCUGGGCCAUCAAGAACAGCUGGGGGGACGACUAUGGAGAGCAGGGUUACUACUACUUAUACAGGGGGUCCAAUGCAUGUGGGAUCAACAGGAUGUGCUCUUCUGCUGUGAUCAACUAAACUAUCAAGUUCACUGAACACUGAAACCUGCGCACGUCUUCAUCGUAUCGAGGUCCUGCUGGCCUCAGCUCACCACAAGCCAAGGCAUCCCAGGUCAAAGUGAUUCACCUACAGCUCCCUGGUGUGUGUUUUCCACCAAAGUGCUCUUUAAGAGCUGCAUCACUGGCUGUGUUCUGCCCUCAUACCUCAUGUUACCCACUGGACCAGCACUGGUAACGCUAGCUUCAUGUUUUACUGAAAAUUAACAGACUACACCGUGUGUGCACGUGUUGUUCCAUUAUUUUAGCUGAUCACAAUAGUUGUGUGUGAAUGUCUGUUUAGAAUGAGCUGCAGUUACAAAACUACAAUGAAAGUGUGACUACAGUACUGCUGUAAGCGUGGGAAAAAUGUAUGAAGGCUGAAUAAAAAUUAAACGAUUUUAACAAGUCAUCA